AUUUUUACCAUGUUUUCAUCAGCUGAUUUGACGUUUCUGAUCAUCAUGAUCAUCAUGGGAAAAUGCAUGGAAAGAUGAAUAUAUUUUCGAGUUGUAAAAAAAAGUGUAAUAUUAAAUCGUGUUAAUAUUAAAAUAAAAUUAUGGCCAGUUUAACUAAUGCUAAUGUAUACGAUUUUAAAGUAGUACUUCUUGGUGAAGGAUGUGUGGGAAAAACAUCAGUUGCCCUUAGAUAUGUUGAAGAUAAAUUUAAUGAUAAACAUAUUAGUACUGAACCAACAAUACAGGCCUCAUAUCUUAAAAAGAAAUUGAAUAUUAAUGGAAAAAGGAUAAAUCUUGCAAUUUGGGAUACAGCCGGUCAGGAAAAGUUUCAUUCGUUAGGUCCAAUUUAUUAUCGAAUGUCUAAUGGUGCAAUAUUAGUUUAUGACAUAACGGAUAAAGCAUCAUUUCAAAAAGUUAAAGAUUGGGUUAAGGAAUUAAGGAAAAUGCUUGGAAGUGAUAUCUGCUUGGUUAUAGCCGGAAAUAAAAUUGAUCUUGAAAAAGAAAGAAAUGUUUCCUCAGAUGAAGCUGAAGAAUACGCGGGACAAGUCGGUGCUUCACAUUUUAAUACGUCAGCUAAAUUAAAUCAAAAUAUAGAGGAAGUAUUUUUUGAUUUAACACGUUGUAUGAUGACUCAUGCUGAUCAAUUGCAAUUGACAAAAACUAGUAGUAGUUCUCGACGUAACGUUGUGGUCGUUGAAGACGAAAUAGAAGAAACUUUAUUAACGAAAAACUCGUGUUGUUCAGGAUCUUAAUUACCAGUGUGUAUUAUUUUUUGUACAUAUAUACAUAGAACGUUUCAUGGUGGAAAAGUUGAAAUUUUCAAUCUUUAAAGACAUAUAUUCAUGAGCAUAAUUUUUUUUCCACUCGUUCUUUCUUUCACCGCCAUUUGAGCGUGGUCACAAAUCGACAUUUUAAAUGGUAAUUUCACAACCACUUUCAUUGUAUCAAAUAUGUAAAUAAUGAAAAUCGCAAAUCAAUUAGUUUGUUUAUAAAUAUUUAUUUUAAA